UGAGGUGGGUAGGAUGACGGGGUGGGGAAGGAGCAGGGAGUGAGGGAAUGAGAUGGAGUUAGUGGGGAUGAAAGGUGAGAGGGUCGAUGUGGGAACAAGUUUGGGGUGAAGAUAGUUGUGGUGUUGGGGUUGUGAGGUAAAAGAGCAAAGGGUGAGGGUUAGGUGGAAGGGGAAGGGUGGGGUGAGGUGAGGGAGAGGAGGUUCGGUGGAAAAAUUGAGGCAGGCUCUCAGAUGUUGUUUUCUAUCGGGCCCUUCCGUUCAGGCCGGUCCCAGGAUGGUGGGCAACGGCGGGUCCUAGACCAGGCCACCCGUCAGCGACGCCUCAACCGGCAGCUCGACGCUUUGGAGAAGGACAACUUCCAGGACGAUCCCCAUGCCAACCUCCCGCAGCUGAAGCGCCUGCCACAGUUCGACGACCCUCAUGCUGAGUCUGCAAAGAAGAAGAAAAAAACACGCGGGGAUCACUUUAAGCAGCGUUUCCGCAAGAAUUUCCAGUCGCUGCUGGAGGAGCAGAACCUGAGCUCAACUGAAGGGCCAAACUACCUGACAGCCUGCGUCGGUCCCUCCAAGCUGCCCCAGCGCCAUUUCUGUGCAGUGUGUGGUUUUCCGUCCAACUACACCUGCGUGUCAUGUGGAGCUCGGUACUGCUGUGUCAAGUGCCAGGGGACACAUCAAGAAACCAGGUGCCUGAAGUGGACGGUGUGAGCUGCAAGAUGGUGCUCGGUGCAGGUUUAAAUGUGUCUUCUGCCCCAGGGACCUGAACUGCGAGGCGGAGAGUGUUUCACUGCUGCACGUUGUUGGACUGUUUAAAUGAUUCAUUGUGCAGACCUUGGCGAGGGAAGGCUUCAGAACUGGCUUGUUAAAUUUAGUCUCCAAGAUUGUUAUUCCAAUGUAAGUAAGAUGAUUCCUGCUUUGAGGAAUGUGAGCAUUGCCAAGAGUGACUAUAAAAUGCCAAGUACUGGUGAGACAUUAAUUCAACACACAAGCCAGGGAAAUGCACCUUUAACAGAUCGGGUCUCAAACUGCACCCAGUGACUGACAGUGGUCAGCCCUAGGCCUUCCCACAAACGAUUCUUACAACUAGUGUGUUAUGACUUAGCUAGUUCCCUUUUGCCUACAUCUGUAAAAGUUAUCAUUGGACAUAGGAGAAGAAUUAGGCCAUUCGGCCCAUCGAGUCCGCUCCACAUUCCAUCAUGGCUGAUUUAUUGUCCAUCUCAACCCACAUUCUCUUGCCUCCUGCUGCUCCCCAGCAAUGUUUGACACUUGAUGAAUGAAGAACCUAUUGACCUCCGCUUUAAAAAUACCCAAUGAGUGGGCCUUCAGAGCCACCUGUGGCAGUAAAUCCCACAGCAUCCUCUCCACAUCCACUCUGUCAGUCUUUUGAUAUUUGAUUGGUUACAGUAGGUAUUGUGGUAACAACAACAGAGACUAGAUCUCCCUUGGAUAGAUCUGGUUUCCUGUGGUGGUUGAUAUCAAAGGACAAGGGGUGGUGAUCGUCAUCACAAGCCUGGGUGGAAGGUAUGGAGAUCCUGAGAUGCCUUGAUCUUUUUUGUGCCUUGACCUGACUUCCCCUCUCAGCCUCAGCAGUGUAGUCCAAAGGAAAGCUUAUGAAGCAGUACGUUUGGCACCAGCUUGGCUGCUGGAAGGAUGUUCAAUGACAUCCAGUCACCAUAUGGGCUGCACUCUGGAUUUGCUGUCUGGGUUUUCUUCCAAGGCUGCCUAUGAGGUAGUUGGGCUAUUUACCCAUGACGAGCACCAGGACGAGUCCACACGCCGGUGGGCCUGCCUACUACGUGUGCAGGGGCCAGACCUCUUCCUCAUCCGCUAGUUCAGCUCGAGUUCAGUUUCUGUGUGUUGCCAGUUAGGUGUCACUACGUGAGGCUUGCUGAAGGGAGAGACUUACACAUUCAGCGCUCCUUUUUGCAAGACAUUUAGCCGAAAGUGGAAGCUGAAAAUGAGAGCGUCCUGCACUACCCACACGCAUCAUGAUAACCAAUUUUCUUCUACAAGUUUGCUUUUAAAGGUGUUGACUUUGCAAUUCAAGUAGAGUUUUAAACAGUCCUGACGAAGGGUCUCGGCCCGAAACGUCGACAUCACUUCUCCUAGAUGCUGCCUAGCCUGCUGUGUUCUACCAGCAUUUUGUGUGUGUUGUUGUUAGAGUUUUAAACAGUCAGGAUGGCUUAAUUAUCCCUGUUUAUCACGACCUGCUCUUUGAUUCUUUUCACCUUUUUGUUCAGGUAAUAUUUCCAUAUUUAGUCAAUUUAUCAGUUCUUUAAAAAAAUCAGAGCAUAAGAAUUAGGAGGAGGAUCAGACCUCGAGCUUGGUUUGCUAUUCAUGAUUAUGACUGAAUCAUUCCUGUGCCUGCUGUGUGCCAGGUCUCCUAAACUCCUUGUGCUUUUAAAUAUCUCUUGUAUUUGGUUACUUGUGAAUAAUUUUAUUGUUUUGUUACCACAUGGUGCUGGAAGAAAAUUUAUCCUGAGGAACAGACCUCGUUUCUAUGUUAUGUAAAGAUCUUAAUUUCAUUAAUAACUUAAAAAGAUUUGUGUUAGUUUAAAACAAUCAAGUUGUGUCCAUCAUUUUUCCCUUUUCAUUUUGACUCUUUCUGUGCCCUGACCAGACUUCCUAUAAUCAAAUAUAUUUUAAGGCACCAUUACUUGGGCAAUGUAUUCUUUGCUUCUCAUUCCUGGACUGUUAACGAUGACUUUGUGGUUUGAUGUUUUACAUGCUGUUUCUCGUCUUUUUUUCCCAGUUUGUGUAAUUUGUUUCUUUGCGUGUUGAGGCUUUGAUGCUUUGUUUUCUUUGUUUUGUGGCUGUCUGUGCGAAGAUGAAUCUGGGUUUUAUACUGCAUUUAUACUUUGUGUACUUUGAAUUUUAAACAGUGCCGACAGGAAAGUUGGAUCGGAAAAGCUAACAUGGAAGAUGCUAGAAAUCUGAAAUAAAAGCAGAUACUCGUCGGGUCAGGCAGCAUCUGUGAAGGGAGAAUCAGAAUUAAUGUUGCAGCUCAGUGGCCCAUUGCCAGAGUAAGAAAAGCUGACCUGCAGUCACACCCACACUCACACUCAACCCAACAGAAACCUUCAUCCAGCUAGUUUCCAUCUCUCCUCCUCUUUCUCUCGGUGUUUCUGUAUUUCAGUGAUUUUUUUCCAGAUUUAACCUGUAUACAAUAAAUAAUUACUUACAUUA